AUGGACGACCCAGGAAGCGUGCACGCCAGAGCUGCGAUACCUGCAAAGCGCUGUGUGGGUCGCGCCGGCGAGAGUUGCCAAUACUGCAAGACACAGGGUGUACCGUGUGAAUUCAACCUGAACGGCAGGAAGCGACCAUUCUAUAGGGUUUCCGGCGAUGUCUUUGACCAUUCCAUCAAGCUGCUCCGCCAGUUCGUAUCAGAAGAAGAGCUGCCUGACUUGACGGUCGACAAUAUUCAGAAAGUCCUCACCAAGUUGGAAAUGCGCUCUAGUAGCCGCGCUGUAGUGGAAACGCCAUCCAGGGAAAUCGAAAGCAGCGGUGCCGACAUUGGCGUCGACGAUACUCACCCUGCCCCUGAUGAGACUCAAGAGGUCGUGGAAAGUGAUGAACACCCACUCUUGCAAGAAGACUUGGGUUGCAUGGUAUUGGAUUCUCUGGGAAAGUAUCGUUAUGUCGGAGCAGAGUCUUCCAUUCGCUGGAACCAUGCUGCUCGAAUGGCAUGCACGAGCUCAGUCUAUCUGGAUCCAAAAGUCGUAUCACCCUUGAAGACCGGUUUGUUGCCUCCCCUCACGCCAGACAGCCCAAGUACCACCCAAACUGCAGAUGUUUACUUGCCAUGUCGUCAGCUCUGUACGCAAUAUGUGACGAGAUUUUUUGAGCAUAUCCAUUGCCUUUACUGGUUCUAUUCGACAGAACAAUUUUUCACACGCCUCGAGAGCACCUUGCAUGAUCGAGGUGCAACAGCAACCGCUUCAUGGCUGUGUUCGCUCUAUUCGAUAUUUUCUUUGGGAAGCAUGCGACCAGGAUCUCAUACUGCACGAUCUAGCACAGAUGUGCCUCAGGAUUGCAAGAAUACAGCCGACUAUCUUGCCUUGGCAAAGGAGCAAUCAUCGGCCGCCGCAGAUGAGGCCGAUAUAGAGACAAUCAAAGCUUUCGGGCUCUUAGCCUUAGCAAUGCAUGGCUCCUGUUACAGUAUGGCUGCCUACCUCAAUGUGGGAACAGCAGUCAAGAUUGCUUUUUCACUUGGACUACAUCGAGACAUGUGCUCAAGGACUCAGGAUCUAAUCGAAAGAGAGAGAUGCAGGCGGUUAUGGUGGACGAUCUACACGAUGGACCAUGAAAUCGCGAUUCGGCUAGGAUAUCCCUGCGCGAUCGUUGAUGAUGCUAUCUUCAUGAAUAUCCCACCAGCGUGCGAACAGGCAAGUUUCAGAGCCCUCGAUUUAACAACCGAUUGCUCACGCUAUCAGGCUCUGUCACUGAGUCUGGUAAAGCUCAGAAAGAAGAUCAGCUAUGACUGCUUCCUUGAACCGGCACAAUCAGGCGGUCGGUUGCCGAUAAAAAGAGUGUUCAAUAGUUUAACCUGUCAGUAUAGGUGGCUGGAGAGCGUGCCUUCGUACCUCCACUGGAAGUCUUCUCUUCCGCCUCAACAUCGACGAGCAGUUGCAGUGCUCCACUUGCGAUACUGGGUCUCCAUCAUCUUCAUCACACGGCCUUUCCUCCUCUUCUCGGUCACGAAGCCUUCCCGGUUCACUGUUCCAGCAAAACAGAAAUGUUAUGAGGAAUUAAGUACCAGGUGUAUCCAAGCGGCCGAGAGGGCGGUGGAGGUUGUGAAGCAUAUGAGAGAGGCGGAAAUACUGUCGAGCAUGACCCUCUUUGAUUGUCACUCAAUUGGAGAGGUGAUGUGGAUCCUGAUACUUGCAUUUCAGAAGCACAGCAACGACGAAUAUCGACAGCUUAUCAGGUUCUGCCUGGACACCCUCAAGAGUAUGGAUCAAGUAGGUUGGUGUGAGAAGGUCUUGCCUGAUCUCGAAGCAAGAGUUCAAGAAAGUGGUGCCUUGGAUCCAGCAGGCCCGGUCGGAAGCUCACGUCAAACGCUUCCCGAACGAAUACCUCCACAAACAAACGCAGGCACCAGGCUUGACGACAGCGUGAUGACGCAGGCACCUCUUUCCGAACCUUCUCAAGCCUUAGAAGACUCAUUCGAUUUCCCUGACUUGUAA